AUGAGUCAAUGGCUUAAUUGCCCCAUCAAAACACGAAGGUCAUGGCCAGUUAGAUUGAAGUUUAGGGCUACCCAUUUUUGCAUCACGGCUGGAUGGAAGGACUUUCGCGAAGCAAAUGAACUUAAAGAAGGGGAUGAUUACAAGUUUGAACUCAUCGAAAAGGGGAACAGGAGAACUAAACCUAUUGCACAUUUCACUAAUGAUAUUGCUCUUUUCUUUAAGAUUGUCCCUAAGAGUGCAACAAGGUCUUCCAGAAAGGUUAAUGUGGAAAAUAUAGCUAUGUUGGAUCUAACAUCCAAGGACACCAUGAAUGAGUUUCCGGAGGAUGGUACCAAAUCAAUUAAAGAUCAUGUAAUCCCCAUGACUGAGUCCCCUGUAGCUUACUCUGAGAAAUCAUUCAACGAUUUACUGAGUCGAAGUGAAGAUUCGAGGAGCAGUAGAAUUCGGAACUUCGCUUCCUGCAUUAAGUCCAAUUGUGGUAAAAUAAUGUCCUUCGAUUCGGCUUUGCGUCAGGCUAAUGAAAUCCUUUCUUGGUGUCCAACCGAAAUUUAUGGCACAAAUGCAAACAAAGUAGGAAGCAUUGUGGCAACCCUCCUGAACAACCCCCCAGACAAUGAUAUUGAAAAAGCACUUGCAUCCUUUCAACAACAUUUUGUGCAAAAUUGUAUAGCCUACAUGGCCUACAAGCCUAAGGUAGAUGAUUAUCUCGACCUCAUUGAGCAGAUUGGGACAGUAGAUAAGAAGGUUGAGGGAUUAGGAGGCGAAUUGAAGCAACUCAAUGAAGAUUUUCGUAAUGUCACUCGAAGGAAGGCCGAGUUGGAACUAGAGUUAGAGUAGUUGCAUAGUCAGGAAAAAGAGCUAGAGCAGCAGCGUCUUUCUACUCGUAAGGCUGCAGAGGAAGCCUUAACUGAAUUAGAAUCUCUUCAAUCUUCUCAUGCUUCUGAAAAGGAAGAGUUCGAUUUGUUGUCACCUAUCGUUUCUAUGGCUGAUUUUGCUUGCAACAAUCUUAAGGAUGCUCUCAAACAAUUUCUUUCAUCUAGUUCCGUCUCUCCUGGAGAG